UGGAAUGGUGCCAAACCCCAAAAUUAGAAAACAGCAUGCUGACGGCUGUAGAAAAGGCAAAUGCUAUUGCAACACUUUUAAUCUGCUUUUCCUUUUUCUUUUCUUUUCUUUUCUUUUCUUUCUUUCUUUCUUUUUUUUUUUUGAAUUUACACCAGGCUUCCUUUUGCAGUCCACGGGCGCCUCUACCAGGAAUCGUUCUGCAACCUGAGGCAAAGAAUUUGAAGGCUCGCGUUGGCGCAUCGCUUCCUCUCCGGAGAUGCUCGUCCGGCCUUUGCAUCUUCCAAUCCAGUUCAGCUUCUCGGAAGCCGGAUUCGGACACCUGGGUUUUGCAACCCGUGUGCGGCUGCUGUCCUGAAAGAAGCUGCUCUCUUUUCCUCCUCUGGCAACGCAGCUGGUGUCCUCGCCACGUCUUUCCAACCACAAGCCCACCUGCAUUGCCCACUGCGAUUCCUUUUCUCCACAACGGUUUCUUUUCUCCACAACAUGACGGACCGAAACCAGCUGUCCUUCUCCUCCUCCUCCUCUUCCUCCUCCUCCUCCCUCCCUCCUUCAUUCCCUACUUCUGCCUUCAAGCCAGCGCUUGGCUCCGUCCGUGGCCAGCAGUCCUGCUCUCUCCUGACCGCCACCGAGGAUUUCAACAUCAUUCUGUACCAUUACAACCUCACCGGACGGCUGAGCCACCGGCGUCCCGAGGAAGACCACCUUGACGUCCUCAAGAUCAUCAUCAUCGCCGCCAGCUGCCUCAUCAUUUUGGAGAACCUGGUGGUCCUGAUGGCCAUCCUCUUUAAGGUGAGAAGCCGACGUUGGAUUUUCACCUGCCUGGCCAGCAUCUCUUCCAGCGACCUGCUGGCCGGGAUCGCUUACUUGACCAACCUCUGCUUGUCAGGCCGGACGACCUUCCAGCUGUAUCCCUACAUGUGGUUUCUCCGCGAGGGGAUCCUUUUCAUCGCCUUGGCGGCCUCCACCUUCAGCCUGCUGGUAACAGCCAUCGAGCGCUUUAGCGCCAUGGUGAGGCCCAUCGCGGAAAGCGAGUCCGUCAAGACGUGCCGUCUCCGGAACUGCAUUUUCUUAUCUUGGUUCUUGGCCUUUGUGAUCGGCCUGCUUCCUUUGUUCGGCUGGAACUGCAUUUGCGACGUGCCUCGCUGUUCCACUUUGCUGCCUCUUUACGCCAAGAAUUACAUCCUCUUCACCGUCAUCAUGUUCAGCAUCAUCCUGGUGGGCGUGGUGAGCCUCUACUGCUCCAUUUACUGCUGGGUUGGGAAGCGGGUCAAGCUGGGCUUCUCCAACGGAAGCCGGAAGAGGUCCCUGCGGCUGCUGAAGACGGUGCUCAUCAUCCUCCUCACCUUCCUGAUCUGCUGGAUCCCUCUCUUCCUGUUGCUGCUGAUCGACAUCUUCGACAAGAACAAAGCCCUGAAGCUGCAGAACGUCUUCGGCUGGUUCGUCACCUUGGCGGUCUUCAACUCCUUCAUCAACCCCAUCGUCUACUCUUUGAAAAGCAAAGAGGUGAGGCGGGCCGUGGUGGAGCUGCUCUGCUGCUGCUGCAUCUCGGCAGGGUGGCAAGGCCCCCGCGGCUGCCUCGCCCCCAGCGACCAUCCCCCCAGCUCCUCCACAGAGGUGGGGAGCUCCUUGAAGGUGCGCGAGAGCUUCCGGAGCCCCGUGAUACAGAAACGGACCGCCAGGAAAGAACCUCUCUCCAGCAACUCCAGCAUGCUGAGCGCUUUGGUGGUCAGUGAUGGCUCCGGCCAACCUUACCCACAAGGUUAGAAGAUAGGUCUUCUGCAACAUACCGAGACCUUUGAAUGGCUGAUGCCCGAUGAGAGGACUUGCUCAGUCCGUUGCCCUCUUCGAUGACCAGUGGUCAGCCAAGGGUCAACCAGUCGACCAGUGAAAUGCAAAAGACGUCCUGUUCCAAGCACAUCUUCCUUGGGCAACCUCACGCGUUCUGAAGAGGUUCCUUGUUCUUGACUUCGCUGGCUGAUGUCAGCCCUUCCUUCCCUUUCAUCCAGCUGCUUGGCCUUGAUUUCUGACAUAACCCUUCGUUUUCACCGGCUGAUUUCUUGCAGGACUCAGUGCCUCUGUAGGAACGCAACUGAAUCUCAAAAGCUGGAGCAGCCCAGGGGUGAAAUCCAGCAGGUUCUGACAGGUUCUGGGGAACAGAUAGCGGAGAUUUUGAGCAGUUCGGAGAACCGGCAAAUGCCACCUCUGGCCGGCCCCAGAGUGGGGUGGGAGUCAGGGGUGGGUUCUACCUACUUUUACUACUGGUUCGCAACGGGAUCACAUGAGCAGAUCGCUGAUGACGACAUCCGGGGCGGUGGGCGGGGCCUGCCACUGGUUUUACUACCGGUUCUUGCGAACCGGUCCUAACCGGGAGCAACCUACCACUGGUGGGAGUGGAGAUUUUGCAAUAUCCUUCCCCCUGGAGUAGGGUGGGAAUGGAGAUUUUUGCAGUAUCCUUUCCCUGCCACGCCUACCAAGCCACGCCCACAGAACCAGGAGUAAAAAACAAUUGGACUUCACCACCGGAGCAGCCUAUUCUAUGACUGUAUUGACACACAAUUCUUCUAAUGGGUUCCGAGAUAAAUGAGAAAACUCUUGUUAAGAAAAGAGGACAGGUAGUCCUCAACUUACAACAGUUUGUUUGGUAACCGUCCAAAGCCACAACGGCACUGGAAAAAAAGUGACUUAUGACUGUUUUUCACACUUUACAACCAUUGCAUCUCCAUGAUUGCCUGAUCAAAAUUCGGGCACUAGGCAACUGAUUCGUAUUUAUGAUGGUUACAGUGUCCCCCUGGGGUCACGUGAUCCCCUUUUGCGACCUUCUGACAAGCAGAGUCAACGGGGAAAUCUGAUUCAUUUAACGACGGUGGCAAGAAAGGUCAUAAAAUGUGCCAAAACUCAUGCAACAACUGUCUGUAAAUCAAAGACUACCUGUAUUCUACCUUGGGGCAUUCUUACUGGAUUGGUACAUCCAGUAAUUUUUUUAAAUAAGCUUACAGCAAUCGGAAUCAGAUAGGUAUUUUGCUUCAUAUCCAACAGUACAAUGGGACACUCGCUGUAUUUUAUUAAGACUUUUUUAAAGCCUCAUCAUCCAUCCAUCCGUCCGUCCGUCCAUCCACUGGGAUGACAACUGAAAUGGUCAAGGGAUUAUUUCCCACUUGUUUAAAAAGUUACAAUUACAGCAAAGGCCAGUUCUUCGUAGAAAGUAUUUUCAAAUGUAUAUACGUCGACUGAAUUCCGCUGCUGAAAUAGAUUUUCUUUUGUCCUAUGUAGACUUUGUGUUCAGCUUAGAUUGAACAUUCUUAGACCGAAUGUAUUUUUUUUUUACAAAUUAUUCUUUUAUUCAUGAACUGCAUUUCUCUUGCAAACCGAAACAAACAUGAGUACAGAAAUCUGGUGUGAAUGUAUGUAUGUUUUCCUCUUUUUUUAAAAUAACCUGCCUUGAAAGUUUCUUCUUGAGAUGCUAAAAAGUAUUAAAUAAAUAAGCUAAACGUA